UGUGGACUUCCUUGUACCUGCAGUCUUGGAGGAGAUGUAGAAGCUUGUACAGGGAGAUGGCCAGGCAAGGCAGAAGCUGAUGAUGCUAUAGGGGACAAGAGCCUGGUGGUAUCAGGGGCAGCUCCUGCCCUUUGGGUAGCACUCACUAUACCCCUGCCUUGCGGUGGCAGAAAUGGAAGGGAUGUUUGGGGAGGAGAAGCUGGAGCUGUUUCCAGCCACGGUGACAACUUGUACCCUGUCCUGCACCAAGGAUCACUCACCCUGGCACCGCUACACUGCUGGGUCCAGGGGCCAUAGCAGGGCUGUGAGCUCAUGCGGUCGGUGCCAUGGGUACCUCUGUAAGCACAGUUUCCCAUCAUUGUCCUGCUUCCUUCCUUUUCCUGGCACAGAAAAGAGCUGGGAGGUCCCAUGGCUUUGGGGACAGCCGGGUUUCUGCUGCUCCUGGCUGGCAGGAGCAGUGGUCCUCAGGAGGCAGCUCAUGCUGCUGGGUGCUGGGGUCAUUCUGCUAAUGACAGCCCUGUGGGUGUGCAGGCAGCAAACACGGGUGGUGCCUGCAAGUGCAGAUGUGGAACAGCUGCUGGAGCACUGCUGGGGGUGCCCGCUACAGCCCCCUCACUCUGCACCAUCCCUGCCUCCUGCCCCAUCCCUGCCUCCUGCCCUGUCCCUCCCUCCUGCCCCAUCCCUGCCUCCUGCCCCAUCGCUGCCUCCUGCCCCAUCCCUGCCUCCUGCCCCAUCCCUGCCUCCUGCCCCGUCCCUCCCUCCUGCCCCAUCACUGCCUCCUGCCCCAUCGCUGCCUCCUGCCCCAUCGCUGCCUCCUGCCCCAUCCCUGCCUCCUGCCCCAUCGCUGCCUCCUGCCCCAUCGCUGCCUCCUGCCCCGUCCCUGCCUCCUGCCCCAUCGCUGCCUCCUGCCCCAUCCCUGCCUCCUGCCCCAUCCCUACCUCCUGCCCCGUCCCUGCCUCCUGCCCCGUCCCUGCCUCCUGCCCCAUCCCUGCCUCCUGCCCCGUCCCUGCCUCCUGCCCCAUCGCUGCCUCCUGCCCCGUCCCUGCCUCCUGCCCCAUCCCUGCCUUCUGCCUCAUCCCUGCCUCCUGCCCCGUCCCUGCCUCCUGCCCCAUCGCUGCCUCCUGCCCCGUCCCUGCCUCCUGCCCCAUCCCUGCCUCCUGCCCCGUCCCUGCCUCCUGCCCCAUCGCUGCCUCCUGCCCCGUCCCUGCCUCCUGCCCCAUCCCUGCCUCCCGCCCCAUCCCUGCCUGACCUCCCGCCCUGACGCCGUUCCUGCCCAUGCUGUCUCUGCAGGAUGCCGAACUGGGGAGGAGGGAAG